UUCUUUGUUAAUUGGGCUAAAAAUGAAAGCAAAAUAAUAGAAUUAACUACUAGCCUACAAGAAAUAUAUUCAGCGUAUUAUCAAUUUAGCAAUAGAGAAUUUAGUGCUUGGCAAACUUUAAUUCGAGCUGCUG